AUGGUAAGGAAUAGUGAACUUGUCUGGGAUGGGAAUCCUUCUGGAAACCCAUGCCUGGUGUGGGAGGUGGGCACAUGGCAGCUCCUCACACUGAUGGUCUGGGUCCUGUUGGGUGCCCUACAGCAGCCCUCAGAGGGGCAGCACCUGGGAGCGGGGCUGGUGACUUGCAUUGCAUACAUGCGUGCCCUUGACCUGCGGCUGUCCAGCUCCUUGGCUGAGCUCUUCCCUCUCGCUGCAUUGUUUGCCCUAGGAAAACUGAGGAUAAUUGCAGAUUCCUGGGUGCUGAGUGGUGUGCAGGCGCGCUGCGGAGUAGGACACCAGGAAUGCAGAGCACAAGGGCUUUGCUCUUGGCCUAAGGAGCUGAUCAGCCCUGGGGAUUACUUUGUAUGGGAGCCACAUUGUGCUUUGGUAGAAGCCACAGAAUUGCUUGGAGGAGAUAGUAAAGCUAUAGUUGAUGGAAACUUGAAGUUGAUCCUUGGUCUGAUAUGGACCCUUAUCCUCCACUACUCGAUUUCCAUGCCUGUGUGGGAGGAUGAGGGUGACGAUGAUGCAAAGAAGCAGACCCCCAAGCAAAGGCUGCUGGGCUGGAUUCAGAACAAAAUCCCCUACCUGCCCAUCACAAACUUCAAUCAGAACUGGCAGGAUGGCAAAGCACUCGGGGCUCUCGUUGACAGCUGCGCUCCAGGUCUGUGCCCUGACUGGGAGACAUGGGACCCAAGCAAACCUGUUGACAACGCUCGUGAGGCCAUGCAGCAGGCGGAUGACUGGCUGGGUGUGCCGCAGGUUAUUACUCCUGAGGAAAUUAUCCACCCUGAUGUGGAUGAGCACUCUGUAAUGACUUACCUGUCACAGUUCCCUAAAGCCAAGCUGAAGCCAGGAGCUCCUUUAAAACCCAAACUGAAUCCAAAGAAGGCAAGAGCUUAUGGCAGAGGAAUUGAGCCUCAUGGGAACAUGGUGAAGCAGCCUGCCAUCUUCACGGUAGACACCAUCAGUGCUGGGCAGGGAGAUCUGAUGGUCUUUGUAGAGGAUCCAGAAGGAAACAGAGAAGAGGCGAAGAUAAUGCCAUCCAGUGACAAAAACAAGACCUAUUCUGUUCAAUAUGUACCAAAGGUUACUGGACCUCACAAGGUUUCAGUCCUAUUUGCUGGACAACACAUCUCAAAGAGCCCUUUUGAAGUGAACGUUGACAAAGCCCAGGGAGAUGCAAGCAAAGUAACAGCAAAGGGACCAGGACUGGAGGCAACAGGAAACAUUGCUAACAAGCCUACCUACUUUGACCUCUACACAGCAGGUGCUGGUGUGGGUGAUGUGAUCGUGGAAGUGGAGGAUCCUCAGGGAAGAUGCCUUGCUGAAGUUACAGUAGAAGACAAAGGCAACCAAGUCUAUCGUUGUGUCUACAAACCCGUCCAAGCUGGUCCUCAUGUCGUCAAAGUGACUUUUGCAGGGGAGGCGAUUCCCAAAACUCCUUGCAGCGUUCUCAUUGGAGAGGCUUGCAAUCCGAAUGCUUGUCGUGCCACUGGUAGAGGCCUGCAGCCCAAAGGCGUCCGCAUCAGAGAAACAGCCGACUUCAAGGUUGAUACGAGAGCAGCAGGCAGCGGAGACCUUGGGGUGACUAUAAAAGGACCAAAGGGCUUGGAGGAGCUUGUGAAACAGAAAGGCUUUAUGGAUGGUGUAUAUGCGUUUGAAUAUUAUCCAGCUACCCCAGGGAAAUACAUUGUCACGAUUACAUGGGGUGGACACAACAUCCCGAAAAGCCCCUUUGAAGUUCACAUAGGCCAUGAAGCAGGCCCUCAGAAAGUACGAGCCUGGGGGCCAGGACUGCAUGAAGGGAUUGUGGGCAGGUCGGCUGACUUCGUGGUGGAGUCCAUUGGCACAGAAGUUGGUUCUCUCGGCUUUGCAAUAGAAGGUCCUUCUCAGGCUAAAAUAGAGUGUGAUGACAAGAACGAUGGCUCAUGCGAUGUGAAGUACUGGCCCAAGGAGCCUGGUGAAUAUGCUGUGCACAUCAUGUGUGAUGAUGAAGACAUAAAGGACAGCCCUUACAUGGCCUUCAUCCGACCAGCGUCAGGAGACUUCAACCCGGAUAAGGUGAGGGCUUACGGUCCCGGCUUGGAGAGAAGCGGCUGCAUAGUGAACAAUCCUGCUGAGUUCACGGUUGAGACCAAGGAUGCUGGGAAAGCACCUCUGAAGAUAUAUGCACAGGAUGGAGAAGGAAACCCUAUUGAUAUCCAGAUGAAGAGCAAACCUGAUGGUGUGUUUGCCUGUUCCUAUGUGCCAGUUAAACCAAUCAAGCAUACAAUUUCUAUUGUCUGGGGAGGAGCCAACGUGCCCAAUAGCCCAUUUAGGGUGCUGAUAGGUCAGGGGAGCCAUCCUCAGAAAGUGAAAGUGUUUGGGCCUGGUGUGGAGAGAACUGGCCUGAAAGCGAGUGAACCAACUCACUUCACUGUUGACUGCACGGAUGCUGGAGAAGGUGAUGUCAGCGUUGGAAUCAAGUGUGAUGCUCGUGUGGUCAGCGACGAGGAGGAAGACAUAGAUUUUGACAUUAUCCACAAUGCUAAUGAUACGUUCACAGUGAAGUAUGCACCACCUGCUGCUGGGCGCUACACUAUUAAAGUGCUUUUUGCAGGAGAGGAAAUUCCUGCCAGUCCUUUCAGAGUUAAGGUGGACCCCUCUCAUGAUGCCAGCAAAGUGAAAGCCGAAGGACCUGGGCUGAGCAAAACUGGCGUGGAAAAUGGCAAGCCAACGCACUUCACUGUGUUCACCAAGGGAGCUGGGAAGGCUCCGCUUGAUGUGCAGUUCAGCAGCCCUGUGCCAGGAGAGGCAGUGACAGAUGUGGACAUCAUUGACAACUAUGACUAUUCCCACACUGUUCGGUACACUCCAAUACAGCAGGGACCAAUGAAGGUUUUGGUAACGUAUGGUGGAGAUCCUAUCCCUAAAAGCCCUUUCACUGUGGGAGUUGCUGCUCCACUAGACUUGAGCAAAGUUAAAGUCAAUGGACUUGAAAACAGAGUGGAAGUAGGGAAGGAUCAGGAAUUUGUAAUUGACACCAGAGGAGCUGGUGGACAAGGUAAACUGGAUGUUAAUAUUUCCAGUCCUAUGAGGAAAGCUGUGCCAUGUCUGGUGGAGCCAGUUCUGGGUAAGGAGUGCAGUACAGCAAAAUACAUCCCAAGAGAGGAAGGACUGUACGUGGUGGAUGUGAGCUACGAUGGCAAUCCAAUCCCAGGCAGCCCCUAUACUGUGGAGGCCACUCUGCCUCCAGAUCCCUCCAAGGUAAAAGCUCAUGGGCCAGGUCUUCGGGGAGGCCUUGUUGGAAAACCAGCUCAAUUCACGAUAGAUACCAAAGGGGCAGGAACUGGAGGUCUGGGUUUGACGGUGGAAGGCCCGUGUGAAGCUAAGAUUGAAUGUUCGGACAAUGGUGAUGGAACCUGCUCUGUCUCCUAUCUGCCUACCAAGCCUGGAGAGUACUUCGUAAACAUCCUCUUUGAAGAGGUUCACAUUCCUGGUUCACCAUUCAAAGCAGACAUAGAAAUGCCAUUUGAUGUCUCUAAAGUCAUUGCCACAGGACCAGGUCUUGAACGUGGCAAAGUAGGUGAGGCAGGGCUGCUGAAUGUUGACUGUACAGAAGCAGGUCCUGGUAACCUGCGGGUGGACAUGGUGUCAGAUACUGGUUCCAAAGCUGAGAUCCAGAUUGAUGAUAACAAGGAUGGGACCUAUGUUGUGACAUAUGUGCCACUCUCGGCUGGCAUGUACACGAUCAAGAUGAAAUAUGGAGGAGAGCAAGUGCCUAAAUUCCCUGCCCGGGUCAAAGUGGAGCCAGCUGUGGACACAAGCAGAGUUAAAGUGUUUGGGCCAGGAGUGGAAGGGAAAGAUGUCUUCCGAGAAGCUACAACGGAGUUCACUGUGGAUGCCCGACCUCUAACAAAAGCUGGUGGUGACCACAUCAGGACACAGAUCACAAGCCCAUCUGGCUCCCCCACAGACUGUCAGAUCCAAGACAAUGCCGAUGGGACAUACGCAGUGGAGUACACACCAUUUGAGAAGGGUCCACACACAGUCAGUGUAACAUAUGAUGGCGUGCCUGUGCCAAACAGUCCCUUCAGAGUGAAUGUGACAGAGGGCUGCCAUCCUUCACGUGUAAAGGCACAAGGACCUGGACUCAAAGAAGCUUUCACAAAUCAGCCAAAUGCCUUUUCAGUUGUCACCAGAGGGGCAGGAAUUGGUGGCCUUGGAAUAACUGUCGAGGGUCCUUCAGAGUCUAAAAUCAGCUGUAAAGACAACAAGGAUGGGAGCUGCAGUGCCGAGUAUGUUCCUUAUGUUCCAGGAGACUACGAUGUCAAUAUUACGUAUGGGGGAGAGCAUAUUCCUGGCAGUCCUUUCAAGGUUCCUGUAAAGGAUGUUGUGGAUCCCAGCAAGGUGAAGAUUGCAGGACCAGGCCUGGGAACAGCUGUUCGAGCCAAAAUCCCACAGUCCUUUACUGUGGAUGCCAGCAAGGCAGGAGUGGCACCCCUGGAGGUGGUGGUGGCAGGACCCAGAGUGGAUGAGACGGAUUCCCGGGGAUGGCGCUCUCCAAAGGGUGACACUGCGACAGGAAUUGUGGAGCCUGUUAACGUAGUAGACAACGGAGAUGGCACCCACACAGUGGUGUACACCCCUACACAGGAGGGACCAUACAUGAUCUCUGUCAAAUAUGCAGAUGAAGAGAUUCCUCGCAGUCCCUUCAAGGUGAAGGUGCUUCCUACAUAUGAUGCCAGUAAAGUGACAGCGAGUGGACCAGGUCUCAGUUCCUAUGGCAUACCAGCCAGCUUUCCUGUGGAGUUUGCUGUGGAUGCUAAAGAUGCUGGGCAGGGACUUCUCACUGUACAGAUAACUGACCAAGAGGGCAAGCCCAAGAGAGUGGACAUUCAUGACAACAAGGAUGGCACGUACACAGUCACCUACGUCCCUGACAAAACGGGCCGCUAUACGAUUGGUGUGAAGUACGGUGGGGAUGACAUCCCAUCCUCUCCUUACCGAAUCAGGGCGUCUCCAGCAGGAGAUGCCAGCAAGUGUUUGGCCACAGGUCCUGGAAUUGCACCCACGGUGAGGACUGGUGAGGAGGUUGGUUUUGUGGUAGAUGCCAAAUCAGCAGGGAAGGGAAAAGUGACGUGCACCGUCCUGACGCCGGAUGGGACAGAGGCUGAGGCAGAUGUUGUUGAAAACGAGGACGGGACUUAUGAUAUCUUCUACACUGCUGCCAAACCAGGAACCUACGUGAUUUAUGUCCGCUUUGGAGGGGUGGACAUUCCCAACAGUCCUUUCACUGUGAUGGCUGUAGAUGCAGAUGAUGCUGCUGUGCGGUCGCAGGAGACAGUGGGUGCGUCCCCCCCUGGAUUCCGCCCUUGGGUCACAGAAGAGGCUUAUGUGCCAGUUGGUGACAUGAAUGGCAUGGGAUUCCGGCCCUUCGAUAUGGUUAUCCCCUUUGCUGUAAGGAAAGGAGAAAUAACAGGUGAAGUACACAUGCCCUCUGGAAAGACUGAUACACCAGACAUUGUGGAUAACAAGGAUGGCACUGUGACAGUGAGAUAUGCUCCUACAGAAGUUGGGCUGCAUGAGAUGCACAUAAAGUACAUGGGAAAUCACAUCCCAGAGAGCCCUCUGCAGUUCUAUGUGAAUUAUCCAAACAGCGGCAGUGUGUCUGCUUAUGGGCCUGGCCUCAUUUAUGGGGUUGCCAAUAAACCAGCGACCUUUACCAUUGUCACAGAGGAUGCAGAGGAGGGUGGACUGGACUUGGCUAUUGAAGGACCUUCCAAAGCAGAGAUCAGCUGCAUUGAUAACAAAGAUGGGACAUGCACAGUCACCUACCUGCCUACCCUACCUGGGGACUACAGCAUCGUGGUCAAGUACAACGACAAGCACAUCGCAGGCAGCCCCUUCACAGCCAAGAUUACAGAUGAUAACAGAAGACGGUCCCAAGUUAAGCUUGGAUCUGCUGCUGAGUUUUUGUUGGAUAUCAACGAGACUGAUCUCAGUCUCCUGACAGCCAGCAUUAAAGCCCCAUCGGGUCGUGAUGAGCCUUGUCUUCUGAAGAGGCUGCCCAACAACCACAUUGGUAUCUCAUUCAUUCCACGGGAAGUAGGAGAACAUCUGGUUAGCAUCAAGAAAAAUGGGAACCACGUACCAAACAGCCCUGUGACAAUCAUGGUGGUCCAGUCUGAGAUAGGAGAUGCCAGACGAGCAAGAGUGUAUGGACGUGGUUUGGUGGAAGGGCGAACCUUUGAAAUGUGUGACUUCAUUGUAGACACAAGAGAUGCAGGUUACGGUGGCAUCUCACUGGCUGUUGAAGGACCCAGCAAGGUAGAUAUCCAAACUGAAGACCUAGAAGAUGGAACUUGCAAAGUAUCUUAUUUUCCAACUGUACCUGGCGUGUACAUUGUGUCCACUAAGUUUGCAGAUGAACAUAUUCCAGGCAGCCCAUUUACUGUGAAGAUAAGUGGUGAGGGAAGAGUUAAGGAGAGCAUCACGCGAACAAGACGGGCUCCAUCUGUUGCAACAGUUGGAAGCAUAUGUGAUCUGAACCUAAAAAUCCCAGAAAUUGACUGCGGGGACAUGACAGCCCAAGUAACUAGUCCCUCUGGAAGGAACUCCGAUGCAGAAAUAGUAGAAGUUGACAAAAACACCUACUGUGUCCGUUUUGUGCCACAAGAGAUGGGGGUCCACACGGUGGAUGUCAAAUACAGAGGGCAGCACGUCCCGGGCAGCCCCUUCCAGUUCACUGUGGGACCCCUCGGAGAGGGGGGGGCUCAUAAAGUCAGAGCUGGGGGGCCCGGAUUGGAGCGUGGAGAGACGGGUGUCCCAGCUGAGUUCAGCAUAUGGACACGGGAGGCUGGAGCUGGAGGACUGUCCAUUGCUGUAGAAGGUCCAAGUAAAGCAGAAAUUGCCUUUGAAGACCAUAAAGAUGGAUCUUGUGGUGUAUCUUACAUAGUUCAAGAGCCAGGCAACUAUGAGGUGUCCAUAAAGUUCAAUGAUGAGCACAUUCCUGAAAGCCCCUACCUGGUUCCCAUCAUCGCUCCGUCUGAUGAUGCUCGCAGGCUCACUGUCACUAGCCUUCAGGAGUCUGGAUUAAAAGUUAAUCAGCCGGCAUCCUUUGCUAUAAGGCUGAACGGGGCAAAGGGCAAGAUUGAUGCUAAAGUCCACAGCCCCUCCGGAGCUGUAGAAGAGUGCCAUGUGUCUGAGCUGGAGCCAGACAAAUACGCCGUUCGGUUCAUCCCCCAUGAAAAUGGCAUCCACUCCAUCGACGUGAAGUUCAACGGGAGCCAUGUGGUGGGCAGCCCCUUCAAGGUGCGCGUUGGUGAGCCUGGCCAGGCGGGCAACCCCACACUUGUCACAGCGUAUGGACCAGGCCUGGAGAGCGGCACCACGGGGUUGCAGUCGGAGUUUUUCAUUAACACGACCAAGGCUGGUCCAGGUACCCUCUCUGUUACAAUUGAAGGGCCAUCAAAGGUGAAAAUGGACUGCCAGGAAACUCCAGAAGGUUACAAAGUCAUGUACACACCCAUGGCUCCAGGAAACUAUUUAAUUGGAGUUAAAUAUGGUGGACCAAACCACAUAGUGGGCAGCCCCUUCAAGGCAAAGGUUACAGGACAGCGACUGGUCUCCCUGGGCAGCGCAAACGAAACCUCUUCCAUCAUGGUGGAGUCGGUGACAAGGUCAUCGACUGAAACUUGCUAUAGUGCCAUUCCCAAAUCCACCUCGGAUGCCAGCAAAGUGGUUUCCCGGGGAGCAGGACUCUCAAAGGCUUUUGUGGGUCAGAAAAGCUCCUUCUCUGUGGACUGCAGCAAAGCAGGUUCCAAUAUGCUGUUAGUCGGCGUCCACGGACCUACAAUCCCAUGUGAAGAGGUAUCCAUCAAGCAUCUGGGCAGCCACCAGUACAACGUGACGUAUGUGGUCAAGGAGAGGGGUGACUACGUCCUGGCGGUGAAGUGGGGUGACGAGCACAUCCCUGGGAGCCCCUUCCACGUCUCAGUUCCCUAAACCCACCCCGCGUCCGUCGCUCUGUACAUUCACAGCUCGGCCGCAGAGUUAUACUGGGUGCAGUCCUGUUGCAAAUUGCAGUAUCUAGAUACCCACGGCUCACAUUUCAAUACACUCAGAAGUAACUUCUGUAACGUUUUUUUACAAGCAUUUCACUUCUAUCCUACUUAUCAACGUAACACGAAUCUAUUUAAUGUCCUCCUCAAAUUGUACCUUUGCAGUGCUGUCCAGGUCACUGUUUGGAGAAUCAUAUGGAUAACUAGACACUAAUUUCCCUUGUGGAUGUUAAAGACUUUAGAUGUUAAUUGAAAACUGGAAUUAGUCUUUGUAAUUGGGUAUCUUAACUACUGAUUUUAUUUGACUGGAGACUUUACAUUUUAGUUAUGGAAUAUGACUUGGGCUGUCCCCAGUUCAAAUUCUUUUCUGUAAAGAAAUGAGAUGAAACUGGUACUAUGAUAGGUGCCUUUGUAUACUUGAUCCAUUUUAACGCUGAACAUUAUAGAAGGCUACUAAAAGUGGCUGUACCACUCAAAUUUAAAACAUUUUUGGAAACGCUUUGCUAAUGGUUUACAUUUAGGAAGAGUUUAUCUUUUAUAGCAGACCAAAAGCAGACUGAACAUUGCUUCCUGGGCACUCUCAGCCUUUACGUUAAUGCUUUGUAAAUUUGUACUGGUAGCUUUUUUGGCCACGAUGUUAGCAAUGUGCUUUUUAAUUAGCUCGGGAUUCUGGAGAAAUUCCCCAAGCUUUGUUUUACAGGUAACUCCCAGCUGAUUUAUUGUCAUCUUAAGAACAACCCCACUUUGGCUGGGUUAAAAGAGAGCCCUUUGCUUGCCACGUCAGUCCUGUUCUCAUCUGAGCGACCCACAAUCCACGUGGGUCAGAGCAUGGCAGUGUAUGUGUAUGGCGUAAUGGAGGCUGCUGGCUGUUAAGUGAGAUGGUGCAAAGCCAGCCUGGGGAUGGACCCACACUGUAAUUGGGUACUGGGGGGAGGGAAGGUGGGUGUGUAAAUCCGCUGAUAGCAGCAAAACGAACCAACAAACCUUGUUUGCUGCAUGCCAUUUUAUUCUAUCUCAGUCCAAGGACGUGCCCAAGUCAUGCUCAUCUCCUCUGAAAUUCUCUUCCAUGCUCUGGAGGGGAUUCCUGCCUGGAGUCAAGGAGUGAAAACUUCCAUUGUGACUCGUGUUUGUCCUGGGUUACUCAAUACCAAUACUCAAUACCGCUUUCCAAGCGCGUACCUGAAUUGCUGUCAGCUGCUGGGGCUUUAGUGCAGCUCUCCACGUGAGCUUUAACUCUGCUAUUAGGAGGAGGUAGGAUUUGUUGAGAACCUGUUGAAACGUCACUGUCUGUCCCUAUGGAGAAGUUCACGCUUUCAGUUCUUUAGUUCCGUCGGAUGCACUACCCGUGAGCACAGUUGAUUGGGGAAAUAAAGGAAGGUUGGGUGUUGUUUUUUUUUUACUGUGCUUUUUUUUGUUGUGCCUUAAUGUGAAACGCUCACUAUGUUGUAAACUAGGAAGUGGAAAAACGAAAUAAACUGGAAUAAAAUGCAGGAUUGUAAAAUUGUAUCUUAUAACUUAUUAAAUAGAAAUGUUUGCUUCAUUAAAAUGUGCAUGUUAAAAACAA